AUGUCAGGUCAUUUUUCCAGUGAUUGCACUUAUGCUAUUCAAAAAGAUAUGUGGUUCAUAAAAUGGGGAAUGAAUGCAAAGGAUUUAGGGUUCAUUGUAAAAAAAAUGUCUGUUUUGUUGAUAAAGAAAUUCAAAAACGGAUUGGAGUUUGACACACGUCAGUUCUUAGCAGAAAAUUGUGAGCAUUUUGCAAAGGCAAUCUAUAAAAAAACAAAAACUUAUUCUAGUGUAAUUGGUUUUAUUGAUGGCAUCCUGCAGAAAUUAUGUUGUCCAAAAUCAGAAGAAGAGCAAAAAACUCUAUACAAUGGAUAG